AGCAAAAUUUUGUGGGUGGGGCAUGUAAGCCUAAUUAGAUCUACCUCUAUAGACAGUUUCUAGUUCAAUGGCUGAACAGACUCUUGAUAUCCUUCAUCCCUCUACAACUCUGGAGUGGGAUGAAUUGCCUUUUCUACCAGUGGAAAUGAGUGAUGCCUCUUCUGAAUCCGUGUACCUGAAUGGAACACUCUACGUUGGAGGAGGACCGACUGUUGCCAAACUGUGCUCAUUAAAACUUGGAGUUGACACCACAUGGACAAUGACAGACACACCCACCUAUCGCUCUACCCUUGUCGUCCAUGACUCUGAACUGUUACUGGUGGGUGGGGAAGAGUAUUUUACGAGAGAGGAAACAAACAAAGUCUUCACGAUGAGGGAUGGACAGUUUGUUGAAACACUGCCUCCUAUGAAUGAGAGCCGAAGUUCACCAUCUGCUGUCAGUAGUGGGUCUGCACUAGUUGUGGCUGGAGGUAAGAAUACCUCAGGAUUCCUCUCCUCUGUGGAAGUGUUUAAAGAUGGCCAGUGGACGACUGCUCCCUCCCUACCAAGUGCAGGGUCUAACAUGAAGUCUGCUCUUCAUGGUGACCAGUGGUACCUGAUCACGUGUUUUGGAAUUGUAUUCCUUGCAUCUCUACAAUCGCUUAUAUCUGGUGCAGUUAAGUUUCCAUGGGAGACGUUACCUGAUGCUCCAAAUAUGCUUACAGCUGCUGCCUUCUUUGGUGAUCAUCUCUUGUCUAUUGGAGGAGGUGUUUUUUAUGCCCCCACAACAACCAUUCAUGCGUUCUCCCCCAACACCCAGUCCUGGGAGCAUGCUGCUGACCUGCCUCUAUCCUUGACAGAAUCAUCUGCUGUUGCUGUGCCAACUGGGGAGUUGAUGAUUAUUGGAGGAAAAGACAAAGGAGGAAAUUCAAAUAAAAAAGUAUUCAGGGCCUUUUUAAGAGCACCUUUGGUUGACAGUGAUGUACACUUCAGCAUACCCAAGCUGAACCAACUGCACAAGUAUGGAAUCAAUCUCAUGGAUGCUCUCUCUAAGGAUUUGUAUCGAUUCUACACCACCUCUCGGGUACAGCUUUCAGUGAAAGAUAGAAAAAAAGCUCUCACACUCUCUGCUAGAGAUUACAUUGAGCAGAUCUUCAGUGCUUGGGAGAGAAGUAUACGACCAACUUACCCCCCUACCUGGGAAAGCCUGUUUACUGUCCUGAGGAAGAUGGACCUGGGUCAUCUCACUGAGCAGAUAGCCAAAUGUGUGACUGGGUCACUGCCAGAGAUAGAGGACUCAGAGGUUCAGUUAAGUCCUGGAAACAAGGAACAAGGCUGGAAAAGUAUUCUCACAAAAUUGAGAGAUGAAUUGAAGCAUCUGCUACUAGAGUAUGAUACUCUUAAAACUGAACUGAAGAAUAUGACUAUGGAGGUUUGUCAGUUGACCGAUAAUUACGGCAACCAGAUUUUCCUGAAAGAAAAUGAUAGUAUGCAUCUGAUCCUGAAGAACGUGAGUCUUCAUUUCCUUGUCCAAAAUUUGGAGGGUGAAUUGGAUCAGUUGACUGAGAGGUGUGGAAAUCAAGCUGACAAGAUUCACCAACUAAAUAAAUUAGGUGAAGAAAAUUCUGUGACUGAAUUGAGAUCUGAAGUGAAGCGACAGCUACUAGACUAUGAGCGUCUGGAGGAGGAGCUGGAUCAGUUAACAGAUGAGUAUGACAAGCAAGCUGACAAGAUUCACCAGCUAGAAAAAGAAAAUGAGAAACUAAGAAGCAACCUCCGAGCAAAGAAUCAGGAGGUUGAGGUUGAACCAGGUUAUCAAGACCUCAAAUCACUCCCUCAUCUACCAAUUGAAAUCUUGAGUCAGCCGCAGGAAUCCAUACACCGUUUUGACCUCCCUGGUGUUGAUGUGGUGGCCAGCACUUGUGUGAUCGUUACCAACUCACCCCAAACCUUCCACUGGGUUGGCUAUGGGUUUAAGCUCACUAUACCCCGGGGCUCCCUGCCAGCUGGUGUUGAUCGGUGUCGACUAGACAUCAAGGCCAGUUUAGCUGGACAGUACCAGUUUCCUGACAAUCACCGACUAGUCAGCGGUGUUUUCUGGAUACUUCCUCUUCCCUUGUGUCAAUUCCAACAGCAGCUGACAGUCGAGAUACAGCACUGUGCCAAGAUGACCAGCUCCACCAAGCUCUCAUUUGUGAGAGCACAUUGCUCCCAGGAGAAUCUGCCCUACACAUUCAAGCAGCUUGAAGGGCGUGGCUCAUUCACUGAGCACAGCUCGUACGGUUGUUUGAGUGUGAAUCAUUUCAGUUCAUAUGCAAUAGCUGCGGAGGGUGAUGUUGAUGUACUGUAUGUCGCCAGUCUAUACUACCUAAAAGCCGACCCUCGGACCGUGGAGAUUCAUUUCGCAAUCAAUAUUAAUGAUGAGAUACAUAUAGCUGAAACACGGAAGUACUUUGAAAAGUUGGGAGCGGAAGAGAAAUUAAAAUUUCAAGUAGAGUUUGACAACUCGACUAUUUCAUUAGAUAUUCCAUUAUCCAGUGGUGUCGAUAUCAAUGAAUGGAGUCUUCUACCACUUGUUGCCCCAAAGAUAUCAAAGAGUAUAGUUGAUUCAUUCAAGCCGGGGAGAACCGUUCCAUCCACUAAGCUAGUAGCAACACUUUCUGAGAGUAGCUGGCACUGCAAGGUACCAAGACGCUUACACCUGAUAACCUUAAAAGGAACUAAAGAUCCAGAUGACCAAAUAAGGAUUAUGUUGGACCCAGUAGAUCCAAAUGAAGGUUCACUGUCAGUGGCCCCUCCUCAAGUGCUCAACCCAAUGGGUGCGCUAGCAAUUCCAGGUCAGCAAUCUGGGAACCAGCAUCCAUGGCUAGCUACCACUUCUCCAUCGUUACAAGGGUCUUAUGCUUACAAUGACCAGCUGUAUGCCCUGCAGUCUCAAAGCAUGGCACACUCCACCUCAGGUCCUCUUCACCCUGCUAAUGCAUCUCAACCAACUACGACCCUUGACGAGCUAGUGAAUCACAUUGGUAUCAAUAAAGACCUCCUCCAUCAACCUUGCUCUACUGAGCAUUUCACAAAAAUUGCUCCUUUAGUUCCAAACUGGCAGAAAUACGCAAUUGUUCUGGGACUAAACCAGCCACAAAUUGUCAAUAUCAAAUCAGACCAUCUUCUUGAUCCAGAGAUGAAAGCUCAGCAAGUCCUGAGCUUAUGGAAGCAAGCAAACGGCUUCAAAGCUACUUACUCGGUCCUCGUUGGUAUGUGUCUGCAGAAGAAAGAUGUACAACUAGCAGAAAGCAUCUGUAAUAUUGUUCAAGAGGACUUGUCCCGGCCACCCCUCAUCACUGGUGAAAAGAGAGAGGCCCCUGAACUCACAUGCAUUGAGCAAGGUUCCAGUGAGAAAAAGCCUUGUUUAAUAAACACAGCUAGUGAACUGGACUGAGUGAUACGUUAGUAAUUAUACAUGCUGUUUGUUUUUUCUAUAUAUCCAACAAAUUAUGUUGACAUGCACCAGAGUAACUAUGUAACUGUUCAAAACGUG